UGGUACCCAAAUAAGAACGCCAAGUGCAUACUAGGUCUAGGUAUAUGAGACGAAGCAACAGAGAGAGAGCGAACAAGCAUAGACAUGAGAAGCGGUGUGUGUUAUAUGCUGUUGUGUGUUUCCUUGAUUUGGUUCGGCGUAACGGUGUGCUCUUCAUUAAGUGAUAUGGAUGCGCUGCUGAAGCUGAAGGAAUCCAUGAAGGGAAAGAGAGCCAAAAACGAUGCGCUUCAAGACUGGAAGUUUUCUACGUCAGUUUCGGCGCACUGUUCAUUUUCAGGGAUAACAUGCGACCAAAACCUGCGAGUGAUUGCUCUCAAUGUGUCCUCUGUUCCACUCUUCGGGUAUGUUACUCCUGAGAUCGGAUUCUUGGACAAGCUGGAGAAUCUCACCAUCGCUCAGGACAAACUCACCGGCCAGCUUCCGAAGGAGCUCGCCAAUCUCACUUCUCUCAAGUUCCUCAACAUUUCCCACAACGGCUUCUCCGGCCAAUUCCCUGGCGAAAUCACUCUCUCCAUGACCAAACUGCAGUCCCUCGACGCCUACGACAACAACUUCACGGGACCACUUCCCGAGGAAAUCGUCAAACUGGAGAAACUCAAGUACCUCAUGCUCUCUGGUAACUAUUUUUCUGGCAAUAUACCGGAGAGUUAUUCGGAGUUUCAGAGCUUGGAGUAUUUGAGCUUAAGCACUAACAGUCUAAGUGGCAAGAUUCCAAAGAGCUUGAGUCGGCUGAAGACGCUGAAGAAACUGUAUCUCGGGUACGACAAUGCUUACGAAGGUGGAAUCCCAGCAGAGCUUGGUUCCAUGAAAUCUCUUCAGCUUCUUGACUUGUCUAGCUGCAACUUGAACGGCGAGAUUCCAUCGAGCCUGAGCAACUUGACAAACCUGAACACCUUGUUCUUGCAAGUAAACAAUCUCACCGGAACCAUUCCGCCGGAGCUCUCUUCUAUGAUCAGCCUCGUGUCUUUGGACCUCUCCAUCAACAACCUCACCGGUGAGAUUCCGGAGAGUCUCUCUCAGCUCAGAAACCUUGUUCUCAUGAACUUGUUCCAGAAUAAGCUACGCGGCCCCCUCCCCAACUUCAUCGCCGAACUUCCCAAUCUGACAACGCUUCAGGUUUGGGAGAACAACUUCUCCUUCGUUCUGCCACAGAAACUUGGCCAAAAUGGGAAGCUCAUGUUUUUUGAUGUCAGCAACAACCUCCUCACCGGAUUGAUCCCUCGUGAUUUGUGCAAAGGAGGGAGGUUGCGAACGUUAAUGCUCACCGAUAACUUCUUCUACGGUCCAAUCCCAAACGAGAUCGGCGAUUGCAAGUCUCUUUUCAAGAUUCGACUUGCCGAUAACUUCUUGGACGGGCAGCUUCCUUCGGGGAUUUUCAAACUACCUACCGUUACACUAAUCGAGCUCGGCAAUAACCGUUUCAACGGCCAACUGCCUUCCGAGAUUUCAGGCGAUUAUCUCGGGAUCCUCACUCUUUCCAACAACUUACUCACGGGGAGUAUCCCGCCUGCGUUGAAAAACCUCAGAAAAUUACAGACUCUGUCCCUCGACGCGAACCAGUUCGUUGGCGAAAUUCCAGAGGAGAUUUUUGAAUUACCAACAGUGACGAAGAUCAACAUAAGUGGCAACAAUCUCACAGGUGAAAUUCCAACGACGAUGAUUCAUUGUGUUUCACUGACGGCCGUUGAUCUGAGUCGGAACAUGCUGUCCGGCGAGGUUCCAAAAGGGAUAAAGAACCUCAUGGACUUGAGCAUCUUGAAUCUAUCAAGGAACCACAUAUCUGGUAAAAUCCCUGACGAGAUUCAAUUCAUGACGAGUCUCGUCACGCUGGAUCUCUCCAACAACAAUUUCAUUGGAAGGGUCCCCAACGGGGGGCAGUUCUUAGUCUUCAACGACAAGUCGUUUGCGGGGAACCCCAACCUCUGUUCCCCCCUCCAGGCCUCUUGCCCAUACGACGUCGGGUUGAGGAAACGACAUGCCAAAUCAAUCACGAGGGUGAUCGUCAUUGUGAUUGCACUCGUCACCGCCAUGCUCCUGGUGUUGGUUACGGUGUACAUGACGAGGAAGAGAAAGCGCCACAGAGCAAUGGCGUGGAAGCUCACAGCCUUCCAGAGACUCGACUUCAAAGCAGUAGACGUGGAGAAUUGCCUGAAAGAGGAGAAUAUAAUAGGUAAUGGAGGAGCAGGGAUCGUGUACAGAGGGUCCAUGCCAAGCGGAACAGACAUAGCAAUAAAACGUUUGGUUGGAACAGGAAUUGGACGAAACGGACGUUACGGAUUCAAGGCGGAGAUAGAGACACUAGGAAGGAUAAGGCACAGGAAUAUCAUAAAGCUUCUGGGGUACCUUUCGAAAAAGGACUCAAACUUGUUGCUGUAUGAAUACAUGCCAAAUGGGAGCUUGGGAGAAUGGCUGCAUGGUCCAAAGGUUGGGCAUUUGAGGUGGGAGAUGAGGUACAAGAUUGCGGUUGAAGCAGCUAAGGGACUCUGCUAUUUGCACCAUGAUUGUUCUCCUCUUAUCAUUCACAGGGACGUCAAGUCCAAUAAUAUAUUACUUGAUGGAGACUUUGAGGCCCAUAUCGCUGAUUUUGGACUUGCCAAGUUCUUGCACCACCCUGGAGCCUCUCAGUCCGUGUCCGUUAUCGCUGGCUCCUAUGGUUAUAUUGCUCCAGAGUAUGCUUACACGCUGAAAGUGGAUGAGAAAAGCGAUGUGUAUAGCUUUGGCGUGGUGCUGUUAGAGUUGAUAGUGGGAAGAAAGCCGGUGGGUGACUUCGGAGAUGGUGUGGACAUCGUUGGAUGGGUGAAUAAUACCAAAUUAGAACUGUCUCAGCCGUCCGAUGAAGCAAUAGUGUUGGCAGUGGUGGACCCCAGGCUAACUGAAUACCCGUUGACAAGUGUCAUCCACAUGUACAACGUAGCUAUGAUGUGUGUUAAAGAAAUGGGGCCCGCCAGGCCUACCAUGAGGGAAGUCGUCCAUAUGCUCACUAACCCUCCUCUGUCUACCGUUGAACCUAAUUAGUCUCUAGGUAGCCUAAGCUAUUUGCUGAUUUGAGGUUUACUUCUUUGAAAAUAAUUUAUUAAAACAGAAGUAAAACUGUGCAAAUGACUGUCAUCUAUAGUUUGUGAGAAGUGAAACAAGAAGUCAAAUGUGUUGUACCAUCAAAUGUAAAAUAGGUUUGAAUUUUGUUAUAGAAAAGGCUUUUACCCGAUUGAUUGUGUUUCAAAUAGUUUUGUACAAAAGAAUUAAUCUAAAACUGUACAUGUCCAAUAUGUGAUACAUAACGUCCUUAUAAUUUUUUUGUGAUUGAAGUUGCUUAUUGCAUGUAAAAGUAAAUGAAUAUAGAUAUAUAAAACCAAUUUAACCCAAAAUGUUAAGUUAUUAAGUAAUGGUCCAAUCAAAUCUUUUUUUAUUAUAUCUGAGGUCAAAGAAGGUGGAGAAAAAUGAAGAGGAUGAUGCAACUUUGAAAGCUGAUGGAGAUGCUGGUGAGGAACCAGAGCAUGAAGCUGUGAAAAAGGAAAAGAAGAAAAAGAGGAAGGAUUCUACUGAGAAUAUGUUGAGUUGCCGAAUGGGAAGUGGACAACAAUUUGAAUGGAGGAGAAAAGAAGAAAAAGAGUAAAAAGCACGCAGAGCAAGAAGAAUCAGCUGAAAUGCCAAGCAAAAAGAAAGGAAAAAAGAAGGAAAAUGAGGACUAAAGUGGAAUAAAUCUGUAGUUAUCGGCUAAUCAAUCUGGUGACUGGCAGCUGUUUUUGUACCCUUC